UGUUACUCCAAAAAGAAAGUAAAUGUGAUCUAUCCUAUGCCAGGUAGAAAACAAGCUGACUGGGUCAUUGCUGAUAACAAUUCCACCCUAAUAAAGUCCUUAAUCAAACCACAAUACAAGAUACGAUAUAUAAAAGUUCAGAAAAUACGUUAUGUAUGGAACAACUCUGAUGGGACGUUUCAGAAAAUUGGGGUUCUGGAUGAAGAGCUCUCAUGCUCAGACAUUCAUGUAAAGUUUGGAUCUGGUCUGACUAAAGAAGAACAAGAAGUCAGAAAACAAGUAUGUGGACCAAAUACAAUUGAAGUAGAAAUUAUUCCAGUCUGGAAGCUCUUCAAAGAGAUUUUGAAUCCAUUUUAUGUUUCUCAAGUUUAUUCUUUAAGUCUUUGGAUGAGUAAUGGAUAUUUUGAAUACAGCGGAGCCAUUCUGUUUUUGACUGCUCUGUCAAUCAUUGCAACCAUAUACAACCUGAGAGUGCAAUCAGUUAAAUUAAACAAAAUGACAGCUUCGUAUAACAGUAUCAUGGUUACCAUACUUCAUAAAAAUGGAGAGCUUGUGGACAUAGAAUCUCAAUCAUUGGUUCCUGGAGAUGUAAUUGUAUUGACUAGUAAGAAGCUGUUUUUACCCUGUGAUGCUAUAUUAAUCAGUGGUGGAUGCACCAUGAAUGAAAGCACGCUAACAGGUGAAUGCAUUCCUGUGACAAAGACACCAUUACCCAAUAUAGAUAAUUCCAUUCCAUGGAAAAUACACAGUGGUGACGAAUACAAGAGACAUGUCCUGUACUGUGGAACUGAGGUUAUCCAGACAAAGGCUCAUGGUCAGGAUCUAAUUAAAGCUGUUGUGCUACAAACUGGGUUUAACACGGCAAAAGGAGACCUUGUGAGAGUAAUCCUGUAUAACAAACCAAUCAACAUUAAGCUGUACAGAGAGGCUGUUAAGUUUGUUCUGGGGCUUCUGGUGCUUGCUCUUCUAAGUGUUAUAUAUACAGUAGUGGUUCACACAUUGGCUGGGGCCAGCAUUAGAGAAAUUGUACUGUUCUCUUUUCUCAUACUAACAAUGGUUAUGAACCCAGGUCUUCCAGGAACUUUAACACUGGGUCUUCUCUAUGCCCAGACAAGACUAAAGAAACUUGGAAUCUUCUGCAUCAGUCCUCAGCGAAUUAUUAUAUCUGGACAGCUGAACUUAAUAUGUUUUGAUAAAACAGGAACUUUAACGAAAGAUGACUUAGACUUCAGAGGUGUGGUUCCUUGUGUUGAAAACUGCUUUCAGGACAUGCAUGGGGUUUCUUCCGACAAGUCAAUGAUCUGGGGCCCUGUACUCGCAGCCAUGGCCAGCUGCCACUCACUCAUUUUACUGGAUGGGAAGAUACAUGGAGAUCCUCUUGAAAUGAAGAUGUUUGAAGCAACAGGCUGGGCUCUUGAAGACUAUAAAACAUACACUAAUGAAGAUGGAAAAUCCAUACCGUUUGCAGUGGUAAAACCAGGCAGAAAAGCUGAGAAGAAAAGCAUGUUGCCUGUGGAAGGCAUUGUUAUUCUGCAUCAGUUCCCAUUUUCCUCUGGAUUGCAGCGCAUGUCAGUUAUUACUCAAGUUAUAGGAAGUGAUGAACUCAAAGUGUUCAUGAAAGGAGCUCCAGAGAUGGUUAUUCAGUUUUGCAACCAAAAAUCAGUUCCACAAAGUUUUUCAAAGAGACUUGACUUCUACACAAUGAAAGGUUUUCGAGUCAUUGCUCUGGCUUAUCGGGUUUUAUACACACAAGAUUGUCCAGUAUUCGAAGCUUUAGAAAGGAAAGAAAUGGAGUCUGACCUAACAUUUCUAGGGUUCCUGAUUAUGGAAAAUCUCCUCAAACCAGAAUCAAACUCAGUGCUGGAAGAACUCAAUGCUGCUAACAUAAGGACUGUGAUGGUAACAGGUGACAAUCUUCAGACUGCUGUGACUGUUGGGAGGAAUUCUGGAAUGAUCACAAGUGCAAAUAAACUUAUUCUAAUAGAAGCCACAGAACCUAAUGGAGAUAAACCAGCAGCAAUCAGUUGGACACUAAUGCAAGAAAAUGAACAGAGAUUGUGCCUGGAGAUUGAUUGUGAGCAUAAUAUCAAAGAAACAACAAGCAGUUAUCACUUUGUACUAAGUGGAAAAACCUAUCAAGUCAUGCUGAAGCAUUUCUAUCACUUGGUACCAAAGAUACUUCUGAAUGGUACAAUAUUUGCUAGAAUGACUCCUCAACAAAAAUCUAAUCUCAUUGAAGAAUUACAAAAAUUAGACUACUAUGUUGGCAUGUGUGGGGAUGGCGCAAAUGACUGUGGGGCACUUAAGAUGGCCCAUGCUGGGAUUUCCUUGUCCGAACUGGAGGCUUCUGUAGCAUCUCCUUUUACAUCAAAAAUUGCGAACAUUGAAUGUGUUCCAAAGUUAAUCAAGGAAGGACGAAACACUCUUGUUACAUCAUUCUCAAUAUUUAAAUUCCUCACAAUGUUCUCACUGGUCGGACUAGCUAACGAUUUGCUUCUUUAUUGGAAACAAACAAUUCUCGGAAAUUAUCAUUUUCUGAUGCAAGACUUAGCUAUAACCACUGCAGUUUUUCUGACUUUGAGUUUAAAUGGCCCUGCUUCAAAAUUGGCCAAAUACAGACCCCCUCGACACCUUUUGUCACCUGCUCUGAUGCUUUCACUUCUCCUGCACUUUAUUUUCACUAUCGUUCUGCAGACAACUGCAUUUAUUCUGGUGCAGCAGCAACCAUGGUACAAUGAAAGCAAUGUCUUCAGUGCUUGUCUUCCAUUAAAUCAUAGCUUUGCAAAUUAUACAAGGGAACCUGCCUUUUCUGUAAAUUACCUGACAACUACUCUGUGGCCUGUAUCAGGAAUAAACCUCAUUAUAGUAGAAUUUGUUUUCUCCAAAGGACAUCCGUUUAGACAACCUUUGUAUACAAACUACUUGCUUUGCUGUGCAAUAAUUCUACAACUGGCAUCUUAUUUGUUUAUCAUUUUUGCUGACAUUGAGGACCUCUACAUUACUUUGGAGCUUGUUUGUACACCAUAUUAUUGGAGAAUUUACAUCAUCAUUAUGGUCCUUAUUACGUUCAUUAUUUCUUACGCUGCAGAGGAAGGAUUCACUGAAAACAGAAAACUCUGGUUAUGGAUAAAAAAGAAAUGUAACCAUCAAUCAAAAAGCCAAUAUAGGAAGUUGCAAAAGGCAUUAGAGAAUGAUCCAGAUUGGCCACCACAGAACAGAACAGACUAUGCCAGCUAUUAUAAUUCUGUAUUGGACUGCAAACAUUUAAGUAAAAAUAGCAAAUCCAGCUCAAUAUAACCAAAUUAAAAAUAGCUGCAUCAGAAAUAGACUUCUCAUAUGAAAUGAAUAAAUUGAUUAUUUAAAUAAAAAAGAUGCAAUAGAAAAUUAUUUUUAAAUUACUUUAAAAUUGUAACUAAAUUGUCCCACAAAAACACAUUUUAUGGAAAAAUUUAAAUUUGUAUUGAAAUUAUGCAGGAAAAAAAACUAUAUAAAGGGACACUAGAGUCAAAAUUAAACUUUCAUGAUUCAGAUUAAACAUUACAAUUAUUUCAGUCUUUAUAUAUUUCUGAGAUACCAGCUCCUACUGUGCAUGUGCAAGAGUUCACAGUGUAUACAUAUAUAACUGUGAUUGGCUGA